CCGCCCGCUCCGCCCGCCGCGCGGAGCCUCGCCUCGCGGAGCGGCCCGGACUGGGCGCGACCCCGGCCAGCGGCGGCGCAGAAAGAAGGCAGAGGCGCGGGCCAUGCAGAGGCUGGCGCUCGCCGGGACCCGAGCCAUCGUGGACAUGUCGUACGCCCGCCACUUCCUGGACUUCCAGGGCUCGGCCAUCCCUAGCGCGAUGCAGAAGCUGGUGGUGACGCGGCUGAGCCCCAACUUCCGCGAGGCCGCCACCCUGCGCCGGGACUGCCCGGUGCCACUCCCCGGGGACGGAGACCUCCUCGUCCGGAACCGAUUUGCUGGUGUCAAUGCUUCUGACAUCAACUAUUCGGCUGGCCGCUAUGACCCUUCAGUCAAGACCCCCUUCGACGCAGGCUUCGAAGGUGUGGGGGAGGUGGUGGCCUUGGGCCUCUCUGCCAGCGCUGCGUUCACUGUCGGCCAGGCUGUGGCCUACAUGGCGCCUGGGUCCUUCGCUGAGUACACAGUGGUGCCCGCCAGGGUCGCCAUCCCAGUACCGGCCCUGAAACCCGAGUAUCUCACGCUCCUGGUGAGUGGGACCACAGCCUACAUCAGCCUGAAAGAGCUCGGGGGGCUGUCGGAAGGGAAGAAGGUCCUGGUGACCGCGGCAGCCGGGGGCACCGGCCAGUUCGCCGUCCAGCUCGCAAAGAAGGCCAAGUGCCACGUCAUUGGAACGUGCUCUUCUGCCGAGAAGUCUGCUUUUCUGAAGUCUGUUGGCUGCGACCGGCCCAUCAACUAUAACGCCGAGCACGUGGGUGCCGUCCUGAGGCAGGAGUACCCCCAAGGUGUGGACGUGGUGUACGAGUCCGUCGGGGGAGCCACGUUUGACUUGGCCGUGGAUGCCUUGGCUACCCGAGGGCGCUUGAUAGUGAUCGGGUUCGUCUCUGGCUACCAGACUCCUACCGGCCUGUCGCCCGUGAAAGCAGCAACACUUCCAGCCAAACUGCUGAAGAAAUCUGCCAGCGUCCAGGGCUUCUUCUUGAACCAUUACCUUCCUGAGUUUCGAGGUGCCAUGGACCACUUGCUCAAGAUGUAUGCGGGUAGCGAGCUGGUUUGUGAGGUGGACACCGGAGUUCUGUCUGCAGAGGGCAGGUUUAUCGGCCUGGAAUCGGUCUUCCGGGCCAUCGAUUAUAUGUACAUGAGAAAAAACACCGGAAAAAUUGUCAUUGAAUUACCUCCCUCUGUCAACAGUAAGCUAUAAAAGCAGAACAAUGGCAUAAGAGAAAGAAAAUGGUCAUUUUAUGCCCCAGAAUUACUCAAAUCUAUUUAUUUUUAGUUGGUAAUGGAGAUAAUAUUUUUUAAAAAACAAAAGUAAAGUUUAAUGAA